CGAUCUCUGCUGACGAAUUGGACAUGUGGAGUGUGGCCGUCGCUGGGCGGCCGUCAGCCAGCAGCAGAGAGGGGCUAUCGGAUCGGCACUAGCAGGCCGUUUCGUGUGGUGCCAUAUGGGGAUUUGCCAGACGGCCAUCCUUAUGCUGAGGGGUACAAUGAACGCGAUCCAGUCGUCGGAAACGGCUCCUUCUAUCGCUCCUUCACAGCGAAUCUGCUGUCUCUCGUGGCCAGACAUGGGCUGGGGAUGAAACCGGUGGUGUCUGCUUUCAUCGCUUUAUUUGACGAUCGGUGUGAAUCUCUGCUGACAGCUGAUGACAUCCCGGAGUCGGAGGGGAUUGUGGCCGACUGUGGGGACUGGCGUCGUGUGAUCGUAAGCGGUUUCCGACCUGGCGACACCGUGGUGGCCUAUGUGUGGCUGUUGGGCGUGAGUCCGUUCUUUUUCUACACCACCGAGCCACCUGCCAGUGAUGCACCCGUUGCCUCCUUCGCCUCUCUGGAUGUGCGGUACCCCAUCUCAGUGCCCUUGUGGCGCAGCCUGCUGAGGCGAUUCGACCUCGAGAGCGACGUCAUCAGACGAGGGAGGAUUCUGUCUGGGGAGUGAUCGAUCGACUGCAUCCAUGAGUAGUGAGUGGUGUGGGCGGAAGGGCGAUGGGUUGGCGAUGCAUGUGAUGUUAUGUGAAGUCAAGGACAUACUAUGCGGCUGUGUAUGAGUAGGCAUCCGCUGAUAAUGCUGGUUGCGUUGGUUGGUUUGGCAUGGCCGGACGGAUGAGUCAGAUGUUUAUCAGUAUGUGUGCAUCUGCAUGUCUGUGUGUGUGCCUGUGUGUGUGUGUGUCGUAGGUGUGUGCAUGUCUGUACAAUGGCUGCGUGCACGUGGCUUUGUGAAUAGUGAAUAGAUAAUCAAUCGCAUACGUUUGCC